AUGUCCGCAAACCCAGACCAGCAAAGGGCGAAGAUACAGGCGUGGCUUGAGGCAUUCCACCGUGGAAGUGCAACUCUCGAUGCAGCACUCUGGUGUGGCGAGUUUAUGACGGACGAUAUCGAACUCCAGUAUGCAAACAACCCGGUUCUGAAAGGAGCAGACGUGCGAGAUAUGUUUAGCCAAUACCUUCCGCUGCUGGACCUGAUGGAACAUGAGAUUUUAUACUUUGAUCUCGUUGCACCGCGCAUCUACCAGGCAGCGCGCAUUCGUUAUCGUGUCAAAGGAGACGACGCUGCUCAAGAUAUCAUUAUCCCAGGAUUCGCCACAUUGUUCAUGCGUGAGACUGCAGAUGGCUCAUUGAAGACUUACAGGGCAGAGAUCUACCUUGACCCGAGCCCGAUAUAUGCGAGGAUGGCUCAGAAGUCUGCCGGGCAGGUGUGA